AUGAGUAAGUAAAAAAAUGAAAACAAUAUCCGUAUCCAUUAAAUCAACAAUUUUGAAAGUCAUUACUAAAUGAAGUAAUAUGCAGAUGCUUAAAGCAUGAAGUUACAAGUAGAAUACUUUUAUCAUAUAGGCAAGUGAGCAAGAACUAACAUAAGUGAAAGGCAUAUCGUAAGGAGGUUAAAACGUAUUAAAGACUUAAAUACUUUAAAAGAAAAGUACAGAGAAUUAAAUUUAGAGGAGACCAAAUGCAGAAGCACCCAGACGAAUAAAUAUGAAUAAUGCCUAAUAUAUUAUUGAUUCAUUUAAAACCAUGUAACUUUAGAAACUUCAAAUAGUAUUUAAAGAUUAAGUAAGAGUUGUUGCAAAUUUAGAGUAUCCGUAAAAUAAUAUGUACUAUUAAAUUUUAAUACAAUAGAGUAUAAUAAUUACUCACUAGUAGUAAAAUUGGCAUCAGCAUUUAAAGAAAAGAAGCAAAAAAAUUACCAAGCCCUAUAUAAUUAAUAUAAUCAAAAGAUUAACAACAACUAGAAUUAUUAUUAGACUAAAAAUAAUGCGAAAUGGAGUAAUUGUAAUAGUAAAUUGAACCUGAUUUUUUAAACCAUAAAGAGUAAGAUGAUAAGCUGUAAUUGAAAAAUAGAUAAAUAAUUCAGUAUUUGCCAACAUUCUAAUAGCUCAUUUAAGAGUAGAGCUAAGUGGUAGAAGUAGAGAGCUAAAAUUUCAACAAAAGAACAAAGAACAAUAAUAUUCUAAAAAGAAUAGAAGUCUUAACGAAAAUUAUCCAAAAACGACAAUUUGAAAUAAUAAAAAUUGAUUUAAAUAUGGAUGAUGAACUUAAAAGCCUGAACAACAAGUUAAACUAAAUAGGAUAAUAAUUAAAUAUGAAAAUUCAUGAAAAUUAAUAAUUUCAAUCUUCAUAAAUUUAUGACCAAUCACGAAAAGUAAUUAGUAGAAGACAUAAUUUUGAAUAAUAUAAAUCCUCAUAAAUUAGCGCUUAACUUGAAGACUAAAUUUAAGCCUUAAGGCAAGAGCAGCAAAGGCUUCAAUUUGAAAUAAAGGAAAAAAUAAAUUAAAGUAAAGAAUAGCAAAUUAAAAUACAAAUGGAUUAAGAGAAAGCGAAAUCAUAAAUUAGGAAUUAUGAAGAGGAUAUUCUAAAUAAUAAUUUAAUUGAAGAAAAGUUGAAAAAGGAACAAUACGAAUUGUCUAAACUUUAAAUAUAAAUGUAAGCAUUGAAACAGGAAUUAACCAAUAACUAAAAAUAGAUUAAGUAGAACAAGGAGGAAUAUGAUAAUAAAUAUUUCAAUACCUAAAAUCAAAUAAAUAGCAUUUAAAAUUAAAUUAAUGAUAUUACAGAAUUAAUAAAAAAAUCAGAAAAUUAAAAACUCUAAUUACCAAGGAUAAAUUAAAAAUUAAGAAACACUGAAAAUCAAAUGGCUAUUGAUGUUAAUACUUCAAAUAUAGAGGAAUUAAUAGAAAGUUAUUAAAACAAUAGUCUUGGUUAAAAUUUAAAGACAAUUGAUGAAAUUUAUAAUUAAGAAUAAAAAAGUCUCCAAACUUUAGAAUUGUUUAAAAUUAGUUAUUUUACUAAAAACAAGAAGAUUUAUUUACCUUAUUAGACAAAAUGGAUAGCUUAGGACAUUCUAGAAACUUGUGAUUUACUUAGGGAUGAUAGUUAAGAAUACAUUGAAUAAAGCUAAUAAAGCUUUCAAUAUAUAACUAGCGAUCAAAUUAAUGGUUUUGCUGAAUUGUUAUAAAUUAAGGAUUAAAUAUAUUAUUUUAGAUUGCCAAAAAAAAUUAGAUAAAUUUAUUCAAGAUUGUAUAUUUUUCCAAGUUGUUUCUUAGAAGAGUAUAGAUUAAAUUAUAAAUAGAAUAAUGAUAUUUGUAUUGAUUUGAUCUUAAGUUAGUUGGAAGAUUUCCAAGCAAUUUAAUAUCAAUUUUGGUACAUUUAUUAAAAAAUUGCAUUCAUAAUUCAAGAGGACACCUUUUUUUAUAUAGUCACUGUAAAAUUAGACUAACGAGUUGUUAUAAUUUAUAAUUCAAUUCCUAAGCCUGAAUAAUAAUACACAGAAAUUUUGCUUUGUUUGAAUCACUUGUUUAGUUAGCUUCUAAGAGAAAGGAUACAGUUUGAACUUCAUAUAAGCCCAAUAUUUCCAAUUUAGAUUGAUAAAUCUAAUGAUAAUCUUUCAGGCUAUUAUGCUUGUAUUGCUCUUGAGUAUUAGAGUAGGAAUUAAAUAAAUAAAGGAUUCUUAUAGAUGUAACAAAUUUGUGCACAAAUAUAUAAAAUUAAACUUAAAAAAAAUAAAUCAUCAUACCAAAUAAGGAGAAAAUAAAUGGAAUGA